GCUGGGAGCCUGAGAGAGCUUCUGCCCAACAUCCACAAACGCCCCCCCAAAAAACAACAAGAGGAAGGGCCACCGCAGGCUGUUAGUUCAGCCGGUGAGCGACAUCUCCGGUUGCAGCCAUGGCGUCCACCGUAACCGCAGCUAACAGCCAUGGGAGAGCCCUGCACACCUGUACAGCCUCCGCCAGUGCGCUCACAGGUUGGAGCCGGCGCGCGCUCGCCGUGCCAGCACACCGCGUGCGGUCGCCGAGAGCUCGGGUCGUCGUCCGAGCCAUCGCCCAGCGCGCGACCUGGUUGCCCGGGCUGGACCCGCCUGCUCACCUCGACGGCACGCUACCGGGCGACUUCGGCUUCGAUCCCCUGGGGCUCGGGGAGGAACCUGCAGCCUUGAAGUGGUACGUGCAGGCCGAGCUCGUGCACUGCCGGUUUGCAAUGGCAGGGGUCGCCGGCAUCCUUGUAACCGACUUGCUCCGCGUAACAGGGAUCCGGGAUCUGCCGGUGUGGUUCGAGGCAGGUGCAGCGAAAUUUGACUUCGCCAACACCACGUCACUCUUCUUCGUUCAGCUUCUCCUGAUGGGAUUCGCUGAAACCAAGAGGUAUAUGGAUUUCAAAAAUCCAGGAUCACAAGCAGAGGAAGGGACCUUCAUAGGGCUAGAGGCUGCACUCGUGGGUUCACAGCCAGGCUACCCUGGAGGUCCACUGUUUAAUCCGUUAGGACUAGCGAAAGAUAUAGAGAAUGCACACGAAGAGAAGCUGAAAGAAAUCAAGAAUGGGAGGUUGGCAAUGGUAGCAAUGCUUGGCUUCAUUGUGCAAGCAUCUGUAACUCAUGUUGGCCCCAUCGACAAUCUACUGACCCAUCUUUCGGACCCAUUCAACAAAAAUAUCAUUCACGCACUCUCCUCUUCCUGAGAAUUCUGUCCCCAAUGCAAACUUUUGUUUUUCCUGUACAGUGCUAUGGCACAAAAAGAUCACAACGUUUCCCAACAGGAAGUGCGUUCUUUUAGCUC